AUGCAGCAAAGCAAGGCACCAGGUCGCCCAAGCGGGAUACCUCGCCCAGUCUCCAAAAUCCCGUUGCCGACCCAAUUGGCCGUGAAAACAAUCAGGCCAUCCCCAUCGAGAGAAAGACUCCAAGCCGAUGCUGGAGUUGAUCACCGCCGUCUGCGACGACCGUCUCAAGAAACAUUAACCCGGAGAAUCUCAAGCCAGCAUCUGAGACGACGCGAAUCGACCCAAACGCUUCACAGCUUUAUCGAGGAUGCUGAAUCACCGGUUGAGUUUGAUGGAGAAACAUGGGAUACUUCUAGAGGCCGUACUAAUCCUCUGUCGCCAGGGGCGCCGUCGCUUUCUGAUCGGACAAUCGAAACAUUAUCACGAAUUCCGCCGUCUCCAUCACCACACAAUAGAAGAACGCUCCAUAUCGGUCAGGAUACCUCAAUGGGCCCCCCGUUACGGCCUGCUUCCAGAUUGAACGGCCAAUCUCGAUCACCAUCAAUAUCUUCGCAUUACUUGGGCAUUGAAGAUGGAGACGGUAUGCCGUCCCCAACUGCCAGGCGGGCAUCAUCAAGAAUGUCCUCUGUUUCCUCUAUUUCCAUGUCAAGUCGAGAAUCUAUUCCGCCUCAGAAGACUGCAGACUCAUCUAUCUCAUCUAUGAACUCAUUUAGACGACAAAGUCUAGGACCCGGAAACCGCAGUUCGAUUAUUGGCGCCGUACCCUCGAAGCGCGGGGACACCCUGCCUUUGAGACCAGCACGUUUGACUGGGAGCGAUGUUGCAAAGUCAAAGCCGAGGUUGUCUUUGUCGUCUACAUUCGUGAAGCCCACCCUGGAUGAAGUCACUUCAUCUCCAAUUACAAUCAAGAAAACCAGACAACCGCCGUCAAAUAUCUCAUCAAAUAUGACUUCUCCAUCAUCCAUUACGUCCAAAAACUCGUCAAAUGGCUCAGAACAAACCAUCGACCCGGAUACAGAAAUUCGCAAGGUUUCAAAAUCGUCCAAUGCCUUGCGUGAGAGCAUUGCCAAGGCAAAGGCAGCCAGGAAAGCCUCCAGAAAGAGUAGCGUUGCGCCUGCCGCUUUCGACGCAUGGGACAACAGUGAGACACAAGAUCCAUUCGGCCAGCUUCCCAAAGACGGUAAUAAAGCAGUGCUGCAGAAACGAGUAGAUACUGCUAGAAAGUCCGGGUCUCUGAAUAUUGCAGCAUUGGACUUAACCACCUUGCCGGACGAAGUGCUCAAGAUGUAUGAGUACGAUCCAAACGCCAAUUCCGACUGGUUUGAGAAUGUCGAUCUUGUCAAGUUCAUUGCAGCGGAUAAUGAGUUGGCUACAUUACCAGACGAAGCUUUCCCAGAUAUCGAUCCGGAGACACUUGAUAUGGAAGAUGAAAGCAAGGGAAAUCAAUUCGGAGGAUUAGAGAUCUUGGAUCUUCAUGGUAACAUUCUUCAGUCUCUACCGAUAGGAAUCAGGAGGCUACAGCGGUUGACCUCUUUGAAUUUGUCAAAUAAUCAAUUCAAAAUGAGAGACAUUGAAGUGGUUGCAGAGCUUGAGCAUCUAGUUGAUCUCAAACUGGCAAACAACAAUCUGGAUGGAACGCUGCUGUCGGGUAUAUGUCAACUUGCUAACCUAGAAGUACUCGAUUUACACGGAAAUCGAGUCAGUCUUCUUCCUAAUACUAUUUCCGAGCUUCGAAGCUUGAAAAUAUUGAACCUUGCCGAAAAUGAACUUAUCUCUUUGCCAUCGUUGGCACUUAGCAAACUGCCAUUGGUGGAAUUGAAUGCUUCUCGGAACAAACUUCAGGGUUCAUUGUUCGAGUCAACAGCUGAAGGAUUUAAGAGCGUUCAGACGCUGAACGUUGCAUUCAACUCACUAGACAACUUAUCAGAAGACGACGGUCUCAAUCUCCCAAGUCUACAGUUUUUGCUAGUCGAUGCGAACCGUUUGAAAGCUUUUCCUUCUUUAAUGGCUUGUCAAUCACUUUUGAGAAUAACGGCAGAAGGCAAUGGUAUUACAACAUUACCAGACGGUUUCUUUGGCUUGAAUAAUCUCAAACACGUGGAUCUGACGGCCAAUGACCUGAGCAAGCUGGAUGAACGUAUCGGCUUGAUGGACAACCUAGUUACUUUCAAUGUUUCAAAUAAUCCUUUGAGAGAGAGAAAGUUCUUGACAAUGGAUACGGAAGAUCUCAAGAACGAUCUACGCAAUCGUUGCAACCCUCCAGCAGCGGACAGCGGGCCAGGCCAAGAUUCGGCACCGGUACGAGCCCGAAGUGAGGCUGGAGACGAAGAUGAAGAAGGUUCUGUGGCAACGGAAUUCACGUUGGCACCAGAAAGUCCGAGUCAUUUGAACCGCUGGAAAGUGAAGACCGGGGGUGUUCUUGAUCGUUCCGCUACUGAAAUGACAGAACUAGACGCUGAUGAGUUGAAACCUUUACUGUCAUAUUAUGACAUUAAAUGUCUUUACCUCCAGCGAAACAAGCUACAGACGUUUCCUGUUCUUGCACUCAAUCUCAUCUCAACCAGCUUGGUCGAUCUAGAUUUAUCCAAAAACCCCUUGAAGGCAGAUAGUCUAUUUUCAGAGCCAGUUUCUCUACCUCACCUGCAAAGCUUGACCCUGAAUGGAAGCAGUUUGACUGCAGUUGAUGUUCUAUUCGAAAAUCUUUUGGCACCUGCUUUAAAGUUUCUUGAUAUAUCCAACAAUCGACUGGCGGGAUCUCUGCCGUUCGCCCGACAACACUACCCUCGAUUGAUCACCUAUCUUGCGGCAGACAAUCAACUCUCUAGUCUCGAGUACAAUGCAGUCCAGGGACUGCAAGUAUUAGAUAUAAGCAACAACAACAUUGAUUUUCUGCCACCAAAGAUUGGGUUACUAGGCGGAGAGGAUGGUGGGGGAUUGAAACGAUUCGAAGUUGCUGGAAACAGAUUCCGGGUUCCACGAUGGCAGGUCGUACAGAAAGGAACCGAAGCUAUUCUGGAGUGGUUGAAGGGAAGAAUCCCCGCUGAUGACUUGAAUGAGGUCGGGACAGAUGCUCUUUAG